UCCGGCCGGGCUCGGUGGCUCGGCCGCCGAGUUCGUCCUCCCUCCGGCCCCCACCCCACCGCCACCCAUCUCUUUCCUCCUCUGCCUCCGGCGCGCUGAUGCCCCGCCGCGCCGCCGGGGAAGUGGGGCUGUCGAGGGAGGCGCGGCCGCGCGGUUACCCGCUGCAGCUGCCUGAACAUGUUUUCUCUUCAACUGCCUUCCAUUCCAGAUCAUUGGUUUGGGACGAUACAGCGCCGCGGCAGCUACAUAGAUCAGCGCGCACUGACCGAUCGAAUUUCAAGCGACCUUGGGGUCGUCCAUUACUCCAGUGUACUGACUGGCUCGGCUAGGUACCUGGAGUACUCAUCCCGUCAUCCGUGUACUGUGUAUUGACGGACUCGGCUAGGUCCUGAUGAAUACACUCGGCUCCAUUCAUUCCCCUACGGCCCUUCUACAAGGCACUUCAUUCUGAUUUCGGGCCAAGAUCGAUACAGAUGGCCGGCAACUCUUUAAUCCAUGUUUGGUAAGAUGGCCAACUCAACUUUACUUUUCUGCAAUAAAGUUUUGAACCAUGCGUGAGUUGACUCGGUUUGUGGCCGGCUUCUGCAUGACAAAGUCACAUGACUUGGAUCUACAUGAGUUUUCGAGAACUUUGUUUUAUGAUCCUUGAUCACUAAGGUUGGUUCUACUGUACAUAGCAAAAUUCCUUGUUCAAAGAGCUUGCUUCUCACCAGAUUGUAAUUAUAUCACCUGAAAAAUACACAAAUCCUGUUCCCUGUUAGAGUUGUCACUGUUUUAAAACAUCUGAAGUUCACAACUGUAUUUUGAUGGUCCUCUUGCUUUUCCUUUUUUUUUCCUUUCACUAAAUUCAUACUUUCGACUAGGACCAGGUCAACUUAUUUCUUUUCAUGUGCCGGUCACUAUCGUGAUUUAUAAAUCAGCAUCAUCAUAAGUACGCUGCAACUUCUCCUUUGAGCACCCCUCAGUUCAUCUUGCAGAGCCCAAGAAACAAUACUCCUCUGCCUCCCCUCGCCCCCCCACCCCCCCCCCCCCCCAAAAAAAAUGCCCCCUUCUAUUCUUUGUCUGCCUCUGAUUCUGUUCGCCAGCCAAGCUAUUCCUGCCAAGGCUGCUCAUGCCAACGAGACUGAAAUUCCUUUGGGAUCCAAAAUCGACGCAGGCGGUGUGCAAAGUUGGGUCUCACCUUCAGGGCGCUUUGCUUUUGGUUUCUAUCCUGAUGAUGAAGGCUUUUCCAUCGGAGUCUGGCUUAUAAUCGGCGAAUCCAGAAAUAUUGUGUGGACUGCCAACCGGGAUGAUCCCCCGGUUUCUGGUGGCUCAAUUCAGUUAACAUAUGGUGGUCUUCAAUGGAUUCCAGCUAAUGCGGGGAGCCAAGGGAAGUUCAUAUUCGCCACCUCUACUCAGCCUGCCUCUGCUGCGAUGAUGGACACCGGCAACUUUGUGUUGUACGACAUCAAAAAACAGGUCCUUUUGUCCACCUUUGCUUCUCCGACGGACACCUUAUUGCCAGGACAGAACCUAGUUCCUGGUAGCCAGCUGUUCUCAAGUGUAUCUGACACUAACCAUGCCACGGGGAAGUAUCGCCUUUCCAACCAGCUAGAUGGCAACCUUGUGAUGUAUCCUGUUGACGCAGUCGACCCUGAUAGCUCAUACUGGAAUACUGGCACUUAUGGCGAUUCCUACCUCCUUACAGUUUUCUUGGAUCCCAAUGGCACACUAUGGAUGUUCGAUCAAAAUUCACUAUAUACAAAAGUGUUGUUCCUCACAAACCAAUCUUCUAAAGCUUCCUCAGAUACAGAUGUAUACUUUCGUCUGACAUUGGACGCAGAUGGUAUAUUACGACUCUACUCCCAUGUUUUCUUUGGGCAGGGGAGAGCACCCAUGACAGAAAUCGUAUGGCUGCAGCCUAGCAGUGAUCGCUGCGAUGUGAAAGGCGUUUGUGGUCCAAAUAGCUUCUGUCAUGUGAGUUCUAAUGGGAAAAGUAGCUGCUCUUGCCUUCCUGGUUUUGAAUUCUCAAGUGCCAACCGAAGCAUGCAAGGUUGCUGGAGGGUGCGGACUGGUGGUUGCACAGGGAAUAACUCUAAUGAUGACAUCAGACUGACAGCUACGAUGGUUGAGUUGAAGAACACUAGCUGGUCAGAUAUGUCAUAUGCUGUUCCACCACCAACAACAAGCAUUGAAGCCUGCAAGGAUCUUUGUCUCUCUGACUGUGCUUGUGAGAUCGCAAGGUUUGGUGCCUACUGCUCAAAGCAGAUGCUUCCUAUGAGGUAUGGCAAGAUGGUUCCUGGUAGCAACACUACAAUAUUUGUGAAGGUAUACACCUACGAAUCCAGAGGCUCCCUAAGAAAGACAAGGUCUGGCCCAGUCGCCAUAUUGAUAUCAGGUGUUGCAUUGGCUGUUUUCUCACUUCUUGUGCUCUUAGCAAACAUGCUACUCUGCAAGCAUCGACUGUCAUCGCGAUACAUGAGGGCUCCACAACAGCAAGACUCAAAAUUUGAUGAAGAGAGCAUAGCUAUUCGAUCAUAUUCUUUCCAGGAUCUGGAGUCGUCCACUGAUGGAUUUUCUGAGGAGCUAGGAAGAGGUGCUUAUGGUACGGUGUUCAAAGGUGUCUUGACCAACGGUAACAAGGACAUUGCAGUGAAGAGGCUUGAGAGGAUGGCGGAAAAUGGGGAGCGAGAAUUCCAGCGGGAAGUGCGUGCAAUCGCACGAACGCAUCACCGUAACCUGGUGCGCUUGCUCGGAUUCUGCAAUGAGGGCAUGCACCGCUUGCUUGUGUAUGAGUAUUUGCCAAAUGGGUCCCUUGCGGACCUCCUCUUCAGGUCAGAUGCAGUGCCAAGUUGGAGCAAUAGGGUUGCAAUUGUGCUGGAUGUUGCAAGGGGGUUACAGUACCUUCAUGAAGAGAUAGAUGGCCCUAUAAUUCACUGUGAUAUUAAGCCAGAGAACAUACUCAUUGACAGCAGGGGGGUGGCGAAGAUAGCGGACUUUGGCCUGGCAAAGUUGCUAAUAGGGAACCAGACACAGACCUUCACUGGCGUGCGAGGCACACGUGGAUAUCUUGCACCAGAAUGGAGCAAGAACACGGCAAUCACAGUGAAGGUGGACGUUUACAGCUAUGGCAUCAUGCUCCUUGAGACAAUAAGUUGCAAGAAGAGCAUGGAGCUGAAGCUGGCCGGUGAGGAAUGCAACAUUUCUGAGUGGGCCUACGAGUACGUGAUAUCAGGUGACUUGAAGAAAGUGGCAGCUGGGGAAUGUGUCAACGAGGUGGAGCUGGAAAGGAUGGUGAGGGUCGGCAUUUGGUGCACGCAGAAUCAGCCAGUGACACGGCCUACAAUGAAGAGUGUCGUUCAGAUGAUGGAAGGAAGCUCUGAAGUUCGGCGGCCUCCGCCACCGGCAUCAUUUUCACAGUCACUUACGCGAUAUGGAAGCAGCUGAUACCUCGUAUUGUCAUUGUGAGGGUAAGCUUUCCAUCUGGCAAUUGGGAAUUACUCGGAGGCGCGGUUACUAGUGGUAGUCCUGAUUAUGUAAUAUGGAGAUGGAUCAUUUGGUAAGUUACAUUACAAAGCAGUAUGUAUCCGGACCACUAUCCAGCAGGUGGAAAUUGUUGUUGUGA